AUGAUCGGUGAUGUUGUGUGUUUGACCGGCUGUCCUCUGUCCCUCCGUAGGACGCUAUGCAGACCUGCAGCUGGAGUUCUCAUCUGCGGUCCGGACCAGCGCCGAGCAGAAGGAGCUGAUCCUCAAACUGGAACACGACCUGAGCACCAUCCAGACCAUGUCCUCCCUGUCACGCCCUGAUGCUGAGGUUAGUCUUUCACCUCCCUGACCCUUCACCUCCCUGACCCUUCACCUCCCUGACCCUUCACCUCCCUGACCCUUCACCUCCCUGACCCUUCACCUCUCUGACCCUUCACCUCUGACCCUUCACUCUCUGACCCUGCAGCACCACCACCAGCCUGGUGGCAGUCUCCCCAUCACUGGGAUGCACAUAGGGCCCUAUUCAGAUGAGAGAAGUUGACUUAACAUGGACUUGAGUCCGAAUCGGGCCCUAAACCCCAAUGACCCCAUGUCUAAUCCGUUCUUAUUACUGUAAAGUAUUUAAAUGCACUUUAGAUAAAGAUUGAUUUAAUGUUUUCUCCACCAGGGGGCUGACCUGACUAGCAUGAUUGACAGCAUCCCUGAGCCAAUCAGAGAGGCCACUGCCAUGUUUGCAGGUAUGUCGUAGGAGCUGUUGUGUUGUGUGUGUGUGUGUGUGUGUUCUGCUGAGUGUAUCUAACGGUGCUGUGUGUGUGUGUGUGUGUUCUGCGAGGUAUCUAGGCGUGGCCCGGGGGUGGUUGGCCUGAGUGUAUCUAACGGUGCUGGUGGGUGUGUGUGUUCCUGUGCCGUCCCUCCCCAGGCCUAGGCGUGGCCCCCCAGGGGGAGCUGCCUCAAGGCCAGAUGGACUCUCUCCUCUCCAUCAUCUCCAGCCAGAGGGAGAGGUUCCGCUCCCGUAACCAGGAGCUGGAGGCUGUGAGUCCCUCUCGUACACAACUCAUACACAACUCAUACACAACUCGUCACACACACUCGGACUUUCCUAACCCCCUUUCCCGUCUCUGUGUCCUCCAGGAGAGUCGUUCCAUGCAGGUGACCAUGCAGGCCCUGCAGAGUGAGCUGGACAGCCUGCGUGCCGACAACAUCAAACUCUACGAGAAGAUCAAGUUCCUCCAGAGCUACCCUGGCAGAGUGAGUAGCCGGCUGGCCGCCCGUCACUUCAGAAGAGCAGGGGUGUAUUCAUUAGUCGCAGAUCAUUUAAAAAAAAUGUGGCCUAUUGAUAAACGGUUUUGCAUCGGAAACCGUUUACCUUUUACUCUAGGACCCAAACGGACGCAAACGGGGAGGGACCUACCUGAAUCUAUCCAAUAGAAACUUGUUUUCAUUGCAAAAAGUUUUUCAUUUGGAAUAAACGGUUUCCAUUGCAAAACGUUUUUGCAACAGACAAAACGUUUCGCUACAGUCUGCGACUAAUGACCCCCCCUGUUGUAGUGUUGUUUUCUUUUGACUGACUUCCUGACUGACUGUCCCUCUGUCUCCCCCUACAGGCUGGGGGCAGUGAUGACACGGUUACAGUGCGUUACUCCUCCCAGUACGAGGAGAGACUGGACCCCUUCGCCUCCUUCAGCAAGAGGGUGAGGAGAACCACACACACUUUAGGCAGAUUGUGUAUUUGUCAGUAUGUGUUCAUGUCUGCUGGCCUGUAGUAUUGUUCUUGUUGAGACUCAUCAUGUGUGUGUUUACAGGAACGCCAGCGCAGAUACCUGAGCCUCAGCCCCUGGGACAAGGCUACACUCAGCCUGGUGAGACACACACACACACACACACACAGGGUCUGUAUGUACAGUGGGGAGAACAAGUAUUUGAUACACUGCCGAUUUUGCAGGUGUCGCUGGGCAAUAUGGACUUUCAGCUCCCUCCAAAGAUUUUCUAUUGGGUUCAGGUCUGGAGACUGGCUAGGCCACUCCAGGACCUUGAGAUGCUUCUUACGGAGCCACUCCUUAGUUGCCCUGGCUGUGUGUUUCGGGUCGUUGUCAUGCUGGAAGACCCAGCCACGACCCAUCUUCAAUGCUCUUACUGGGGGAAGGAGGUUGUUGGCCAAGAUCUCGCGAUACAUGGCCCCAUCCAUCCUCCCCUCAAUAUGGUGCAGUCGUCCUGUCCCCUUUGCAGAAAAGCAUCCCCAAAGAAUGAUGUUUCCACCUCCAUGCUUCACGGUUGGGAUGGUGUUCUUGGGGUUGUACUCAUCCUUCGUCUUCCUCCAAACACAGCGAGUGGAGUUUAGACCAAAAAGCUCUAUUUUUGUCUCAUCAGACCACAUGACCUUCUCCCAUUCCUCCUCUGGAUCAUCCAGAUGGUCAUUGGCAAACUUCAGACGGGCCUGGACAUGCGCUGGCUUGAGCAGGGGGACAUUGCGUGCGCUGCAGGAUUUUAAUCCAUGACGGCGUAGUGUGUUACUAAUGGUUUCUUUUGAGACUGUGGUCCCAGCUCUCUUCAGGUCAUUGACCAGGUCUUGCUGUGUAGUUCUGGGCUGAUCCCUCACCUUCCUCAUGAUCAUUGAUGCCCCACGAGGUGAGAUCUUACAUGGAGCCCCAGACCGAGGGUGAUUGACCGUCAUCUUGAACUUCUUCCAUUUUCUAAUAAUUGCGCCAACAGUUGUUGCCUUCUAACCAAGCUGCUUGCCUAUUGUCCUGUAGCCCAUCCCAGCCUUGUGCAGGUCUACAAUUUUAUCCCUGAUGUCCUUACACAGCUCUCUGGUCUUGGCCAUUGUGGAGAGGUUGGAGUCUGUUUGAUUGAGUGUGUGGACAGGUGUCUUUUAUACAGGUAACGAGUUCAAACAGGUGCAGUUAAUACAGGUAAUGAGUGGAGAACAGGAGGGCUUCUUAAAGAAAAACUAACAGGUCUAUAAGAGCCUGAAUUCUUACUGGUUGGUAGGUGAUCAAAUACUUAUGUCAUGCCAUAAAAUACAUAAUUAAUUACUUAAAAAUCAUACAAUGUGAUUUUCUGGAUUUUCUAACAUUUUUUACAUGCAUCUUUUUGGAUUUUUUGUUGUUAUUCUGUCUCUCACAGUUCAAAUAAACCUACCAUUAAAAUUAUAGACUGAUCAUGUCUUUGUCAGUGGGCAAACGUACAAAAUCAGCAGGGGAUCAAAUACUGUUUUCCCUCACUGUAUGUGUAUAUAUGAUGGAUGGAUGGAUGGAUGGAUGGAUGGAUGUUUUUACUGCUCUAGGGAUAUCAUUAUUGUUUGGAUAACCUUAUUUACUAUUAUGAAUUGAUUUUUUAUCUUAAAUGUUUUCACUGUUUAUGAGAUGCGCACUGCAGAGAACACCGGAAGAAAAAUUAUAAUGGAAUUAUCACAGUGAAUUAUUGUAAUGUUUGUUUGUCAAUUAAUCCCAUAAAGGAUGGGUUGCCAACUGGCGAUUUGACACGAAAAUAAAAUGUAAUUAAUUAAUUCAUGGUAGUAAUUCACCCAUGUGUUUCAGGGUCGUGGCAUUCUCUCCAACAAGAUGGCCAGAACCAUUGCUUUCUUUUAUACCCUCUUUCUGCAUUGCCUGGUCUUCCUGGUAUGUAACCUUUCACCUUUCACCUCCCACCACCCCAUUGGCCAUUCAGAGAUGUCAGUGCUGAUGUCAUAAUGUGUGUUUGUAUGUGUUCUCAGGUGCUGUAUAAGACUGCCUGGAGUGAGAGCAUCGGUCGAGACUGCUCUGCCUUGUGUGCUAAGAAGUGAGUGUUUCAUUCUGCCUUCCUCCCCGGCUAGCAGAACAGCGGUGUGCGUUUGGGAUAUCAGUUAGGCUUGCCUCUAAUUCUCUCCAUCUCUUCUCUUCUUCUUUCAAUCCCCCUGUCUGCCUGCCAGAUACUCGGAUCACCUACAUCGUUUCCAUGAGAACGGGGACAACCUGUGA